CGGUCAAGUAUUUUAUCAUAUUUGAUCUCUAAUAAUCACAUGUGUGCUAACUCUGCUAGCAGGAGAUGUACCAGCUAGCUCAGUGCUCUUAGCUCCGCGGCUAACUCGGUCGGUAAUCUCUGGUCCGCCCGGCUGGCACCCGGCGGCUGCACUAGCAAGAGGCAGUCAUGUCAGGGAUCAAGAGGAAAAUAGAGGAUAAUGAUCCGGACUACGAAGACAUAUCACAUAUCCAAGAGAGCAAACGAAAUAAAGUAGUCGAACAUAAUGCACGGGAGGCGACGGUGCAGAAGAUUGAAGCCAUCAUCAGAGAACAGUUUUCUCUAGAGAUGAAGAAUAAGGAGCAUGAAAUAGAAGUGAUAAGCCAGCGACUCAAUGACGCAAGAAGGAUGAUGGACAAGCUAAGGGCUUGCAUAGUGGCCAAUUACUAUGCCAACGCUGGACUGACCAAAAUCCCAGAGCACACCACCAAGAGCGAUGCCUCGGUGCUGAACCACCCGGCCAUCAGGCGCUUCCUGGAGUCCCCCUCCCGCUCGUCCUCACCACUCAACCAGGGCUCCGAGACGCCCUCCAUACCCCCCUCCGAGUCCGAGUCCCUCUCCCAGCACGGGGAAGGGGCCGACAGAGAGAGGGCGUCGUGGAGGGAGGGCGGCAGCAGAAAUGAGCGCCGGCCAGGCCGCAACACGGGGAAGGACACGUUUGGCGUUUCGGCGCCCUCGGAGCCUCCGGAGCCGAAGGUGGCCCACCAGGCCGGCAGCGACGAGGCCUCCCGGCUCUUCAUGAAGAAGACCAUAGUGGUGGGGAACGUUUCAAAGUACAUCCCGCCCGAUAAACGGGAAGAAAACGAUCAGUCGACCCACAAGUGGAUGCUGUAUGUGCGGGGCUGCAGACGGGAGCCCAGCAUCGACCACUUUGUAAAGAAAGUCUGGUUCUUCCUGCACCCCAGCUAUAAACCCAACGACCUGGUGGAAGUGAGUGAACCCCCUUUCCAUCUGACGCGUCGAGGCUGGGGGGAGUUCCCGGUCAGGAUCCAGAUCCACUUCAAAGACCCCCGCAACAAACGCAUCGACAUCAUCCACCAGUUGAAGCUGGACAGAACGUACACGGGGCUGCAGACACUAGGGGCAGAGACUGUGGUGGAUGUGGAGCUCCACAGGGACUCCCUAGUGGACGACUAUCUCCCUUUGCCCUCCUCCUCCAAGUCGAGCCGCAGGGCCGCCAGCCCCCCCUCCCCCCUGCCCCAGGCGGCGGGGCGUCCCGGCUCCCCCGCCGCACCCCUGCAGGACGACAUGUUGGAGAAAGGUCUGAUCAAGACGGAGACGUGCCGGGCCCAGGGGGGCCCCGGCGAGGGCCUCUGCACCCCCACCCGCCCCAAGGCCAGCGACAAGAUCACCCUGGGCUCCCACGGCAACUCCGCCUUCCAGCCGAUCACGGCGAGCUGCAAGAUCGUCCCCCAGGCCCAGUCGCCCACCCCCGCCGAGGCGCCCAGCAAGUCGUUCCAACCGAUCACCAUGAGCUGUAAAAUUGUGUCGGGAUCCCCCGUCUCCACCCCCAGCCACUCCCCACUACCACGCACCCCCACCACCUCCACCCCCGUGCACAGCAAGCAGGGCUCCUCCACCCUGCUCAGCAACCCUUACAUCAUCGUCGACAAACCCGCCCACCCCUCUGCCCCAGCGGGUCCCUCUACCAAGCAGUCCGUCAGCCAGGGCCCCCGCUCUCCCGCCCCCAAAGUUCACGCCACCGGCGGCUUCCUGUCCUCGGGAAUGAAGGUAAUAAUCAAGCAGGAGCCAGGCGAGGUUUCCACUCAGCAGCAGAUGGUUUCCACGGCAACCGCCCAGCAGCAGCAGCAGCAGCAGUCAGUUGCCACGGCGGCGCAGCAGUUUGUCGCAGUGAAGGGCGGUCAUGUCGUUUCCAUGUCUCCCCAGAAACCGGCGGCAGGGGCCACCGCGGCCAUGACGAGCAAGAUGCUGGGCCUCCCCGUCAGCUCGGCCCUCCAGUCUGCGGUGAAGCAGGUGGCCAUCAGCAGCGGGCAGAUCCUGGUGGCCAAGGGGAACCCCUCCAGCUCCAAGGGCAUGGGCGGCAAACAGGCGGUGGCCCAGGGCGUGGCCAAAGCCCUGGUCAGCGGGUCUGGGAGCGCCGCCGGCCAGCAGGCGUCCACCAAGACCACUGGCGGAUCGGGAAGUGGGAAGAGCGGAGUGAUGGCCACUCUCCAGCUGCCUGCCAACAACCUGGCCAACCUGGCCAACCUGCCCCCCGGGACCAAGCUUUACCUGACCACCAACAGCAAGAACCCCUCUGGGAAGGGCAAGCUGCUGCUCAUCCCCCAGGGAGCCAUCCUCCGUGCCUCCAACUCAGCAGGCCAGCAGUCCCACGGCAGCUCGUCUACAAGCACAGGUGGAUCGCACCCCCCCUCCUCGUCCUCCUCUUCCUCUACCUCCAGCAGCCUGCCGUCAAACCUCUCGUACACGUCGUAUAUCCUCAAGCAGACCCCCCAGGGCACCUUUUUGGUUGGGCAGCCGGCGCAGGGGUCGGGGAAGCAGGGGGGGUCCAGCUCCUCCAGCUCCUCCCCAGCCACCCAGCAGGCCAUCCGGGUGACCGCUGGCCAGAAGGCCGCCAUCCUGGCCCAGGUGGUGGGCGGCGCCCAGGGCUCCCAGGUGAAGCUGUCGGACGGCUCCGUGAAGGUCGCCUCGACGGCGGGGAGCCACCUGUCCAAGCCGGGGACCACCACGCUGAGGAUGACGGGCGGGGUCAUCACCGCGGCCAGCUCCACCCCCAGCUCUGUCAGUACCGCCCCCCCGGCCGACCCGCCGCAGGCCAGUCUCUCUCUCUGCCUCUGUCUCGGUCCCUGUCUCUGUGUCUCUGUGUCUGUCUGUGCCCAUGGGUCCUUCCUGGCCCUGUCGCUUGAUGGAAUGACAUACCAGACGAGAUGGAGCUUAUCCAGGGCGAAAUGGCCGUCAUAUAUUAUUAAAUCACAAAACACGCACACAUUUUUUCAAACGACGGAGGGCCCCCGGCCGACGCCCCAGCAGCACCACCCCGUCCUGAUGGCGGCCAACCAGGCGGCCGUCAUCAACGCCGCCAAGAACGCCAGCGCCGCCGCCGCCGCCGCCAGCAGCAGCAGCAGCCUGGCCAAGAGCACGGCGGCCGCCCUGGUCAAGGCCGGGGCGGCCGGCGGGAAGGCGGUGGCGGCGGGGGCUACGGCGCUCACGGUGGCCAAGAGCAUCGCCAACAUGCCGGUGGUGGGUCCGCCCAAAGGGGCCGGCGGGGGCAAAGGCCCCGGGACGUCCCUGGUCACGGCGGCCUCGCUGGUCAGCAGCAUGGCGGCCGGCGGGAAGAGCGGGUCAGGCAUGCUGAAGAUCCACCCAGGGAGUUCAGGCGGGUCCCAGCAGACGGUCUUAAGCCUCCCCACCAACCAGCUGAAGCAGCUGGCGGCCGGGGCCGGGGCCAUGCCGUCCAUACUCAUGCCUGUUGGCAAAGCCGUGUCCAAAGGUCCAGUCCUCAGUGCUCCUCCCUCUUCCUCCUCCACCAUCACCCCCUAUACUCCUGGAGCCGCCGAGGCUGGAGCCUCCCCCAGUCCUGCCAGCCAGGCCCCCCUACCCUUCACCCUGCCUCUGGCGCAAGUUAAAACAGAGCCGUGUGCGGCCACGCCCGUCUCGUCCCCCGUUGCCUCCUCCACGUCGGCCCUCCUCCCGCCUGCCGGACCCCCCACCCCCAACGUCGUCGCCACCACCGUCAAGACGGAGCAAGGGCCCGACACCUCGCCGCUAGAUCUCAACACGGAACACGUAGAGACCAUGAUGCAGCUGCUGACCGCCGUGGUGAAGAAGUUCCCGCUCAUCGUGCCGGACAAAACGGAGGACUCCCAUCCGUUCUGCGCCUCGUCGGAAGAGCAGUACUACUCGUGGAACAUCGGCAAGCGCCGUGCGUCAGAGCUCCAGCGGGCGGUGGCCGUGAAGCGCGUGGUCCAGGAUGUGCUGGACCGCUCGCCCCGGCUUCAGGCCCUGACCCCGCCCAAGACCCGGGAGGUGGUCCAGUGGUGCCGGCAGAGGGGGUACACCCCGCCGGACCCCGAGCCCCAGCGCCGGGACGACGAGGAGUCCAUGGAGGACAUCCUCACGCAGAUAGACAGCGAGCCUGAGUGUCCGUGCACACUGGGCAGCAGUGAGGAGCUCCUGCAGCGGGUGGAGCAGAUGCAGGCACUGCUGAAGAAGGAGCCCGAGGAGCCCGACAACGAGAUUGUGGAUAUCGUCACGGUGACGCCGGCCUGCCACCGGCUCAAGGAGGUCAAGGAGGAGGAGCCGGAGUCGGACCCCGAGCCCAGGUUCUUCCUGGGCCCCUCCCCCUCGGACCAGUUCAUCCAGGAGACGGCGCAGCAGAUCGGUGUGGCCUUCCAGCCGGUGGAGGUGGAGAAGAACGUGUUCGCCCCGCUGGUGGAGGCCAUGAUCCUCAAGGCGACAGAGCAAUUUGCGAGUGACAUCCUGAGAGAGGCCUUGGCCGGGGCGCACGCUAAAUCUCCCCAGAACAGGGUUCCCAGGGAGAUCAGCGCCAGUAACCUGCACCAGGCUGCAAGCAGUAUCCCCACCUGUGACUUCCUCACCAACAUCCACAUGGGCUACCUGUCCAAAGACGACUGACAAGCCCCCGCCCACCAUCACUUCACCCUUUGAACCUAAACCAGGAAUGACUAAGACACACAAACGGACUGUCGAGAGACACACACGCGUGUGUGUGUGUGUGCGUGUCCCACUUGAUUCUGCUCAACAGCUGCAGAAGUUGUGAAACACUUGGAACUGACGAAAGAAACCAACUACAAAACCAUUUCCCUGUUGCUAAUUGUCACUGCAGGGGGCAGGGCUAUGUACCAUGGGGGGGCAAUCGUGUAAAGCUCUUCACCUCAACAACCAAUCAGGGGCACUCAAUAGACUUUAACUGUACACAACGAGACAGACGAUAUGGAGUUGGGAUAAAAAGCUGCAUAACCGUUGGCCUCCAUGGGUGAC